ACUGUACUACUGUGUACGUUAGCUUGCUAACGCGUGGCUAAUUUAUUACUGUAACUAGCUAAUUUAGCUAGUCUAGUACAAAGUAUUUUAGCUCGCUGAAGUUGCAAGAACUAGCCACUCCGACGCUGUUUAGUUAGCUAAAUAGCAAACUAACUUAGCUACUGUAGUUGUCUACAAACGUUACCAACUUUGCACAAUUCGUAGUCGGCAAUGUAGAAGAGUGACGUUAGCUGAUGGCUAAAACUAGCGGUGUUGCAGCCGAGUUGUUGACAGUUGAGACAUGCCUCCAACACAGGAGGUUGGUGGCACCUUCAUUGGGGAGGACAGGCUCGUGGGAAUGGCUGGAGUGGAACGCUAUCAAAAUGAUGCCAUUCCAUUUACUCCGUUCCAGCCAUAUGAGCCGUCCUCCCUUCAGCAGCCUCCACCGGUGGUGCUUCCUCGCGACUUACGGCACCGGUUUAUUGUUGCCAGGUGAUUGGGACCACAACGCCUGCUUCAUUAGCGGGAAGAGAGCUGGGAUAAUUCAAGGCCAUAUGGCAAAGACGGGUGCAACGUUUGUCUGGUGGUUUUACAGUUGGCAUUGUUGGGUAGCCAGUCUGUAGCUUCCCUGACGACCAAAUGCCUGGUACAGUUGUUGUGGUGGUGUACUACUCACUGGCUGUCUAGCCAGCUACAUCAUACAUCUCAGAGGGAAGAUGUUCGACAAAGUCAUUCGUUAUUUCUUUCAAAACCUGACAACUAAAUGCAAAGUCAGUGAAGAUGAGGAGAGAAUAUCUACAGCUGGGGAGUUACAGAUUGAGGACUUCAAAGUUCUCACUCUCCUUGGUAAGGGCUCCUUUGCAUGUGUUUACCGGGCAAAGUCAGUUAACAGUGGCUUGGAGGUGGCGAUCAAAAUGAUUGACAAAAAAGCCAUGCACAAAUCUGGUAUGGUCCAGCGUGUGAGUAACGAAGUGGAGAUUCAGUGUCGAUUGAAGCAUCCGUCAAUACUAGAGCUGUACAACUACUUUGAAGACAGUAAUUAUGUGUACUUGGUGUUGGAGAUGUGCCAUAAUGGAGAGAUGAGUCGAUACCUGAAAGAUAGGAAGAUGCCCUUCUCAGAGGGUGAAGCAAGGCACUUCAUGCAUCAAAUAGUGAAAGGUAUGCUGUACUUGCAUACACAUGGCAUCAUGCAUCGGGACCUGACCUUGUCCAACCUGCUGCUGUCAGGCAAUAUGAACCUUAAAAUAGCUGACUUUGGCCUGGCCACCAAGCUGAAGCUCCCCAGCGAGAAGCACUUCACCAUGUGUGGCACACCCAACUACAUCUCCCCAGAGGUGGCCACCCACAGUGCCCACGGCCUGGAGUCUGAUGUCUGGUCUCUGGGCUGCAUGUUCUAUGCCUUCCUGAUGGGCCGGCCCCCGUUUGACACAGACACGGUGAAGCACACCCUCAACAAGGUGGUUCUGGGGGAGUAUGACAUGCCCAGCCAUGUGUCCCAGGAGGCCCAGGACCUGAUCCAUCAGCUGCUGAGGAAGGACCCUGCGCAACGGCCCAGCCUGUCUGCCGUGCUGGAGCACCCCUUCAUGACCCAAAGCCUGCUGGCCAGGACCAAGGAGCUGAGCCUGGGGGAGCCAGGCUCCAUGGACAGCGGCAUCGCCACCAUCUCCACAGCCUGCACCUCGUCCACGUCCGGCAGCAGCAGCAGCCGCCAUCCCCAGAGGAGAGCCAGGCGUGUGAUGGGACCUGCCUUGCCCAAUAUCAUGAUGCCUAUCCCUACACUGCCCCGUCCGCCCAGCAACGCCUGCUUUGAGGGGGUUGAGCAGUGGCAGCAGCAGCACUCAGACAGAGUAGGCAGGAGCAGAGCUGCUCUGGGUGGGGAGAGUGGACGGCCCCACUCCAGGUACCUACGAAGGGCUCACUCCUCAGACCGGUCUAGCUCCUCUGUCACUCCAGCCCAGGGGAUGGGGCAGGCAGAGCUGGAGAGGUGCCACUCUGAGGAGAUGCUGACUGUGUCAGGGAGACUGGCCUUUCCCAUGUCCUCAAGCUACAAGGACACUCCACAACCCUUCACAGAACAUGGAAGGCUCCCAUCGCCGCCUGUCAAACAGACAGCCAGCUCAGGAUGUUCAUAUUCCACACAACCACCACGUCCACUAAACCUGCAGUUAGAAGAGUCAGAAGGUGUACAAAAUUGGUUCAGUAAAGAAGGCCCGUUUCCGAGGCCCACGGAUGUCAGCUCUCACAGCAGCAGUGGCAGUUUCCAUAGCAGCAGGGAGCCUCUAGGUGUACACAACUACUGGAGUGACAAACCAGCAGGCAGAGGGACCAGUUCUCACCGCAACCAGAACCAGCACCACCCCUCAAACACUGAGUCCUACUGGGAGAAUGGGCAACGAGUACAUGGGGGAGAGCUGCAGAGUCUAUCCAAACCCAAACCAAGUAUAGCAAAGGAGAAGUCCCUGAGAAAUGUGCUCCCUCCCCUGUGUGCCUCCAGACUGAAACCCAUCAGACAGAAGACUAAAAACGCUGUGGUGAGUAUUCUUGAUACAGGAGAGGUGUGUAUGGAGCUUCUCAAGGGCCAGGGCCCCCAGGAGAGGGUCAAAGAGGUCCUUAGGAUAUCCUGUGAUGGUUCAAUGGUCACUAUUUACCAGCCCAAUGAGGGGAAGGGUUUUCCUGUACUAGAGCGCCCCCCUGCUCCUCCUGAGGAUAUCUUGAUCUGCAGCUAUGAUGACUUACCAGAGAAGUACUGGAGGAAAUACCAGUAUGCCUCCAAGUUUGUGCUCCUGGUGAAAUCCAAGACUCCAAAAGUCACCCUCUACACUAAGUCUGCUAAGUGUAUGCUGAUGGAGAACUCCCCCAAUGCAGACCUGGAGGUGUGCUUCUACGAUGUUCCCCUCUGUGCUGUGACAGGAGCAAAGAUCCACAAGACGUCGGAGCUGGUCCGGGUGGUGGAGAAGAGUGGGAAGUCAUACACAGUGAAAGGGGAGGUGGGUCUGAGUGGCCUCAGCCCAGAGAGCAGGCUGUAUGUGGAGCUGUCUGACGAGGGACACAGCAUGUGUCUGUCUCUGGAGGCGGCAAUCACUGCAGAAGAGCAGCACAGUGCCAAGAGCACUCCCUUCUUCCCCAUCACCAUCGGCAGGAGACCUGCCAACCCAGACUCCUCCUGCCUCUCGUCCCAGCCUGCCACUGCUGAUGUGGCAUCACUGCCCCAGCCCCCAUGUUUCACUCCCUCUAGGAUCUUUUAUGAAGAGUCUGACAUCACCUCAGCCAUUGUGAACAAAAACUGCUCUCCGCUGUCGGUCAAACAAGACCACACGGCCAACGCAGGGAAAGUCCUCAAGUCUGUCUUUGUGCCAAAUAUUGGUUGGGCCUCACAACUGACCAGUGGAGAGGUGUGGGUGCAGUUCAACGAUGGCUCCCAGCUGGUGGUGCAGGCAGGGGUUUCCUGUAUUAUUUACACGUCCCCAGAGGGACGGACCACCAGGUACAAGGAGAAUGAGAAGUUGCCAGAGCUUGUGAAGGAGAAGCUGCACUGUCUCUCCACCAUCCUGGGUCUGUUGGCCAGUCCAGCAGCACGCCGCUGAAUCAAACCUCAGCAUUGCCCCCUUGCUGUUAUAUUGACACGUCCCUGUGCAGCAAUGAUGUUGCAGGGAGGAGAAACUUUCAUAGGCUUUAUACUGUGACAUACAUACCUCUUUCAAGUGUGCUUGUAAAUAUGUUUAUUUUCUAUGUACAGAUGACAAAUUAUGAAUAUAUAUUUUAUAAAGUACCCAUGUUGUACAGCAUCUUGUUGAAAUAGUUUGUAUGUGUGUGUAAACUUGUAUUUUCUAUAUUGUCAUUUGUCGAACCAUCAUCUCCAUGAAAUGUCAGAUGCAUAAAAGCUGAAGCAAUAAACAUCUGCAGGCUGGGUAGA